AUGAGCGGAGAGGAGCCCGUCAUCACCUACGAUGGCAAAAACUACAGGGGAAUAACGGAGGGCAAGGCCACCAUACUGGUCCCCGCCGAGGUUGAGCAGAAGGGCCAGCAGGUCUUUUACAACCCGAUCCAGCAGUUCAACCGUGACCUUUCUGUUCUUGCCAUCAGAGCGUACGGCCAAGAGGUUGUCGAGAGGAAGGCUGCACAGGCCGCCCAGGUCACUUCUAGGCGCAAGGAUAAGAAGAGGCGGAGGGGCGCCGCGGAUGAGGGCGGCAACCGGCCGGCCAAGGUCCAGAUCACGGACGACGGCAAGGCGGCCGAGACCAAUGCUGAUGGCGAGGCGCAGGCGGUGGAACCGGCGCCCGCGACAUCUGCCGAGGUCGAGGGCACAAAGGUUGAAGGUGAGGCAAAGUCUGGCCCCGAGAAGUCGCGCCCUCGCUUCACCGUCCUGGACGCUUUGUCGGCAUCUGGUCUUCGUGCGCUGCGUUAUUCGCACGAGUUGCCGUUUGUCACCUCGGUGACGGCCAACGACCUCACCAAGAGUGCGAUUGAGUCGAUCAAGCUGAACACGAAGCACAACGGCCUGGAAGAUAUGAUCCAGAUGAGCCAUGACGACGCCAUAGCCCACAUGUACCGGCGCAUCGCGGACGAUCUGACGAACCGGGACCGAUUCGGCAACCCCAGCAAGGAGAACAAGUACGACGUCAUCGACCUGGACCCGUACGGAACCGCUGCGCCUUUCCUGGACGCCGCCGUCCAGGCUGUGAGGGACGAUGGCGGUCUGCUCGCCGUCACCUGCACGGAUGGCAGCCACUGGGCCGGACACUGCUACGCCGAGAAGUGUUUCUCGCUGUAUGGCGGUGCGCCCAUCAAGGGCCUCCACUCGCACGAGGUCGGCAUCCGGCUCAUCCUCCAUGCCCUGACGAGCGCGGCUGCAAAGUACGGCUUGACCAUUGAGCCGCAGCUGUCGCUCUCGAUCGACUUUUACUGCCGGGUGUUCGUCAAGGUGCGUAAGUCGAGGGACGCGGUCAACUACCAGGGCGGCAAGACGAUGAUCAUGUACAACUGCCCGGGAUGCUCGGCGUGGGAGACGCAGCCGAUGGUCCGGACACGGCCUGCGCCCAAGAAGAAGGGGGGCUACUUUUACAAGCACGGGCUGUCGCAGGGCCCGCCCACCGACUCGCACUGCAAGCACUGCGGCUCGAGCAUGCACGCCGCCGGUCCGAUGUACAGCGGCCCGCUGCACAACCCCGACUUCAUCCAGAGCAUCCUCGACCUGCUGCCGACUGUCGACAAGAACGUGUACCAAACGACGUCAAGGAUAGAGGGCAUGCUCCAGACGGCCAUGGAGGAGUACCUUCCCGGGCCCGAGCCCGAGCACGCGGCGGAUCUCGACGCAAAGGACAAGGAGCUGGCGAGGGUGGACCACUACCCCUUCUUCGUCAUGCCGUCGAGGCUGGCGGGUACUCUCAGCACGCAGCAGCCGCCGGACGACAUGUUCCGUGGCGCGCUCAAGCAUCUCGGCUACCGCGUCACCCGCAGCCACUGCCGGCCUGGGAGUGUCAAGACGGACGCGCCGUGGGAAGCGAUCUGGUUCAUCAUGAGGGAAUGGGUCCGCCAGAAGGCACCCGUCCGCACGGAUCGCAUCAACUCGCAGAUGCCGGCAUACAGACUGCUCGGCCUCGACAAGUCGGAAAGCAACGGCGAGGCGAAGGGGUCUACAGGGAGCAACGCAGAGGCUCAAGAGGAGGCCGAGUCCAAGGAUAAGGACGAGCAGGCAGCACUUCCACGGGACACGCAGGCGCCCGCCGACGUCGAGAUGGAGGGUUCUGCGGAGGAGGCCGAGGCGACGGACAAGAGCGAGGAGGAGCUGCGCAAGACGCUUGUGUUCGACGACAAGCUCGCAAAGCUCGGCAAGCGCAAGGAGCAGAGGAAGCUGGUCCGAUACCAGAUGAACCCGCGGGAGAACUGGGGUCCGAUGACGCGGGCGAAGGGAGCGUAA